GCCUCCACGGGUUGCGCGACCGUUGCUGGCCCGAGAGUCGGGUCGUCGGUUGGAUAUGGAAAGGGAAGAUCCGGCAAGAGUUCGAGAGGCUGCUGGCAGCCCCCGCGCUCCUCCAGAAGUUCAGGAACAAGAACAAAAUUAUGACAUAGAUGAAUUUUUUAAGUGUCAAGAUGAGAACAAAAACCUACAUGCUAAACUGAUGGAGGAACAAAAGCAGUUAUUAGAAGACUUGCAACAAAAAGUGGAAGCUACGCUUCAAGGGGAGCUGCAGCAAGCUGAAGUCCCAGAUAAUCUUAAACUGGAUGCCAUAAGACUAAGUUCAAAUAACAUAUGCACAUCUCAGAUGGAGCUAAUGCAAAUGAAUCUGACAAAGGAGAAGGAAAUUGCCCUAAUGGAGCUCCGUGAAAUGCUCAAUGAUAAGCAUGCUCAAGAAAAUGCAGUUCUGCAAAGUCGAUACCAUUUUGAAUUGGAGCAUAUAAACAAACAGAAUCAGAAAGAAAAGGAAGAAAUGGUUUUGAAACAUCAACUUGACAUGGAUGAAAUGAAGGUGAAAAUAAGUCUGGAAAUGGAGAAGAAGCAUCUUAACAUUUUAGAGAAUCUUAAAAAGGAAUGGGCCUUGAAUGUAGAUGUCAGUUUAAAAAAUGUAUCUGAAGAGUUAUCUGUAAAACAUCAGACUGAACUGAACAAGCUGAAGCAAAACUUAACAGCAGAAACUGAAGAAUUAAAGAAAAAAAUGGAGACGGUUUCUCUUGAAAAAAGACAAGUUGAAAUGGAACAUAAAAAUCUAGAAAAUAAAUACCAUCUAGCCAUGAAAACACUGCAGAGCAAGCAUGAAAAAGAAAUGCAAGAUAUAAAAGAACAAAACAAGAAACAAGUAGAAGAGUUGCAGCAGGAGAUACAGAAACUAAAGGCAGAAUCAGAAGAAGAAAUGGCGCAACUUUGGUCACAAUUGGAUGGCGCAAGGGCAAGCCGGCAAGAAUUAAGUGAACUGAAAAUACAGCUGCUUGCUCGUACCUCACAUGUGGAAGAACUGGAAUAUCUGAAAAAAGAUUAUCAACUUAAAUGGGAUAAAAAAAAGACAGAACAUGAAACUGAGUUGGAACAACUAAGGCUUUAUUUUGAACAGAAAUUGAAGUCUGUGGAAGAAAAUUACAGAGAAGAAUUAACAAUGUUGCAUCAGAGAUUGCAAGAAGUAAAAGAUUAUUCCAUAGAGGAGAUGGAAAAAUCACAAGAACAAGAUAUGGAAUUUGGCCCUUCUGUUACGCUAUUGGAAGAAAUGACAGAAAGAGAGAGAUUGGAUUUGUUUGAACAGCUAACUCAGCAAUUGGAGCACUAUAAGGAAGAACUUUGUUCUUUACAACUGCGUUUGGAUAAAAAACAUUUACAUGAGAUUGAGUUAUUAAGAUCUACUCUCACACUCCAGUACCAAGAGAAUAUUAUAAAGCUGAAAUUGGAGCUCUCAGAUAGAUAUACUUCUGAAAUAGAACAAUUGAAAAAGAAACAUUGUUUACAUCUUGAACAGCUCCAUGCAAAAAUUUCAGAAGAACACCUCAAAGAGAUUGCUAAAAUUCGUCAACAAAGUACUCAAGAUGCUGCACAUCAGAUAGAAACAGAGGUGGCACAGCAACUCUUGUUAUUAGCGAAUGAAUACAAGAAUGACCUGGGUGGUCUUCAGCUUGAGAUGCAAUCUAUUUCUAGUCAACAAGAAGAAAUAGAAGAACUGAAGAGAAAAAACACUGAAUUAAAAGAAAUCGACAUAGUACAAGAAAAGAAUGUGAAAGAAGAAUUAGAACAGAUUAAGCAUAAACUAAUUGAAGAUCAUACAGCUGAAUUAAGAAGAACUAGAAAAUUGCUCCAGGAAGUGGAACAGACUCAUAAAGCAGAAGCUGAAGAAUGGAGACAUGAAAAGAAGAUAUUGGUAGCAGAAUCUGAAGAAAAAAUAUUAUUGCUUCAAAAAGAGCUUCAAAACAAGGCAGAAUAUGAGAAGCAAACAUGGCAAAGACAGUCUGACCUUCGAGAAGCAGAAAUGACUUGUCUUCAAGAACAGCAGGCUGCUCUAAUUGUAGAAUUAGAGAAAACUCUAAAGGAGCAACAGAAUACUAUCCAGCAGUUAGAAGAUAGUUUAGUGAAUACACAGAAGACUUUGGCUCAAUAUAACAGUGAAUUAUCUUCCACAAAGACUCUCAUGGCUGAAGAAUUAGAAAAAGCCAAACAAGUUUUAGAAGAAGAAUAUAAGGCUAAAUACAAAGAAGCACAAAGCAGAUUUUUGGAAGAAAAUAAAAAAAACAGAGCAGAACAUGAAAUUCUUCUCCAGAAAUUGAGGGAAAAGCAUAUUGAUGAGCUAGAGCUUCAAAAUAAAGAGUUGCAUCAAAAACAUAAGGAACACAUUUUGUCCCUUACAUCCAGCCAGCAAGCUGAAAUUGAAGUUCUCAAAUCUAUAUUAGAAAGAAAACAACAGAACUGGUUAGAGACUCCUGUGGCUGAUAUCCAGAGAAAUAAUCAAGCACACAUUACGCAGCUGGAAACAAAGCAUUUAUCUGAUUUGAAUAGUUUGGAGGCUACAUAUCUUUUUAAAAUUAAGUUCCUGCAAGAAGAGCACAAGAAAGCUCUUGGCGGUUUACAGAUAAAAUUGAAAGAACAAUUAUUUCAGAAAGAUAAAGAAAAUGAAAUGCUUUUGGCUCAAGAAUUAAAUACAAUAAAAUUUGCUGAAGAAUUGCAGAUUUGUGAAGACAAUCUGAAAAUAGAACUGGCUGAUGUUCAAAAAGAAAAACAUAAAUUAAUGGCUGCUGAACAUGAAGAUGUUCAUAAGGAAGAAUUGACUGUUGUGCUAGAAACACAGAGGCCUUUGUUUGAAGAUGAGCAUCAUGAAGCCCUGGAUGUUUUGCAAAAAACAAUCCUCCAAAUGGAAGAAGAACAUAAAAGAACAAUACAGGGCUUUCAAGAUCUUCAUUUGGUGGAAAUUGAAAAAGGAAAAGAAAAAUUUCAGCAGCUUCAGAAAGAAUUGGAGAAAAUAAAGUCAGACAAGCAACAGUUGGAGAAAGAAGUCAAUUUUUUAAAGAAAGAAAUGGAAAAGGCCAAUACUGAAUUUAAAAAAUUAUAUCCACAAGAGAGAGAGAAUCAGGAAGAAAAUAUUCUUAUAGCCAUGUUGAGAUCUGAUAUUGACAGUUACAGGAAUGAAAGGGAUAAACUACAAAAAUCUCGUCAGCAGGCUUUGAAAUUACUUCUGAAAAUGGUGCAGUCCACAAAAGAUAUGGAAGAUCUUAUCUGCAAGAAAAUUGACCUUUGUCUUGAUGACAGCUUGGCAUCUGGAGAGUUACAAGAGAUCAUAUCUGAAGAAACAGUACUUGCACACCCAUUGAAAACAAUAGAGCUAUGGAAAUUAAAGAAAAACAAUAGAAUUUGCCAGGGUGAAGCUCCUGAUCAAACACUACUGGAACACAGCUUUGAUUCUUUGGAAUUGAGUGAGCAUUUAUGUGAAAGUAUUUUUGAAAAUCCAGAACUUAUAUUUGAAAAUGAAGAGAGGAUUAAAAAAAUUGGCUGUUGUUUAUAUAUCGCUGUGGAGAAACUUCUUGAUAUGCUUGCUGAAUCAACCAAACAACUGGAGGAAAUGCACAAUAUCCAUAGUAAGAUUAAAGAGGAAUGCAAGAAUAAGAAUUGGGAAUCAUGCCAAACAUUUAAUGAACAGCACGAAUUAAUGGACUGUUUUAAUGAAGAGAGUAAAGUGCAGAAUCAACUUGUGUUAGAGCUUCAUAAAGCAAAAGUUAUAGGUCUCAUUGAAGGUUAUUUAACAGAAAGACAUUAUUUGGAAGAAGCUUUAAAACUUAAAGAAGAAUCUGAGCAUCGUCUCAUUGCAGAAUUGGAAAAACUUAAAGCACAGAUUCAGAAGUUAACCCAGCAUAAUGCAAGAUUUGCAGAGGAACAAAAAUUACUAAUAAGUCAAAAUAAAGCUUUGGCUGCCAAUGUGGGAAAGAGAGAAGUUGAAUUAAUCAAAGAGAUAGAGCGUCUAGCAAAAACAAAUUUGGAAUUGCAGUGUCAAGCAGAGAAAGAUUGUUCAAACUUGAAUACACAGAUGAAAAUCUUGGAGAUUGAACUUGAAGACCAGUUAAACAAAAAUCAAAAUCUAGCUGCAAUGGCAUCUGAAGUUAUUGACCUAAGACAACAAAUGGAAACUCUUGAAAGACAGCUGAAAAAUCAGAGAGAUUUCAUGGAUAAGCAAGCUAUUGAAAGAGAACAUGAACGUGAUGAGUUUCAAGAAGAAAUUCAGAAACUAGAAAUGGAAUUAAAACUUACAACAAAAUCCCAAGCUUCUGGAAAGUCCAGAACCUAUUUGGUAGAAUCACUCCACAAUGAAAUAAAAGAGAGAGCGGAUGAUUAUAACAGACUUUUUACAGAAAAAGAGCAAAUAGAGGAACUCCUUGCUGCUCGUAAUGAAGAAAUAGAAAAGUUGGAAGGACAGGUCAGGGAGUUACAGUGUCUGAAUAAGGAGGUGGCAAAGAAUGUUGAUAAACAUAUGCAGGAACUGGAAAAAAUGAAAAAGAAGGAAAUUGAAUUAAAAGAAGAUAAAGGAACAUUACAGCAGCAACAUAACAAAAAUUUAAUUCUGAUUUCUACUUUGCAAUCUAAACUAGAUGAAGUUAGACAUAGAGUACUUACUGAUACUAAUGAGGAUCAUAUAAUGCUAAAGGAACAACUAAAAAUACAAGAAGAACUUACAACAAAAGAGAGAGAGGUUGCUGAUUUAUUAGAACAACUUGAAAAAUUUAAAGAGAAUUUAAUGAAUAAAAAUGAAGAAAUCUUACAGCUGAAAUCAAAGUUAGAAGUGGAAAAAAAUGCUAACAUCAACAAACUAAUCCAAUUGAAAGAAGAAAAUGCACACCUGAAAGAAAACAUUGAAAAAUUGGCCAUACAAUGUCAAAAUCCAGGUGAAAAUGAGCUGGUUAUUCUGCAGUUUCUCAAAUCCUUGCUUGAAGAAAAAAAUCAAGAAACUGAUCACCUGAAUGAACAAAUUGAGAGACUGGAACAAAAAAUAGAGAGUAGCAAGGAAAAUGAGGUUCUGGAAAAGCAAAUGCUUGAAACCGAAGUCAUGAAAUCAACUAUAGAAGAACUUCGUAGUGAGAAGGAGCAUUUGUUAAGAAAUAAAGAAGAUGAAAUCGAAGAGCUUCGUAAAGUAAUUAAGAAGCUUCAGGAGGAGUCAGGAGCUCUUAUACCUAUUUAUCAUGAAAUUGAAAAUGGGCAAGGCAAUCCAAAUUAUUUUUCUUUGGAAGAACCAGAAGAGAAUCUUGAUAAUAAAUUUAAGGAAGGGUCACAAAGUCUUUUAGAAAACGAAAAAGGUGAUGACAACUGUGUAUGGCUUAGUAGCAGUCAGAAUGAACUUCAGAAACAACUAGAAAUGUCUUUGAUGGAUAAAGAAACUUUGCAGCAGCUGCUUAAUGAAAAAGAAUCUCAGUUUAAAAUGGAAUUUAAAAUCCUAGAACAAAAUUUUGAAAAUGUUCAGGAAUCUUCUAGGCAGCACUGUUCUGCGUUAGCAUCUUUACAGUUGUUAUACAAAGAAAUGCAAGAACAACACAUGCUUCUGAAGGUGUAUGUAAUGCAAAAGGAAGAUGAAAUGAAAGAGAUGAAUUCAUGUAGUCAGGAUCUUGAAGUUCACCGAAGAGAGAGAGAAAUGAAACUGUUAGAGACAGAACUACAACUCCAAAUAGUGUCAGAGCAGAAUGUAGAGCAAGCAGCUAAAGUUCAGCAUACAACCGAAAAUAUUGUGAAACUUGAAAAUGAAUUUAAAAUUAUGACACAAGCACUGCACAAUAACGAGAUCACUUAUCAAAGAAAGAUAAGUGAACUUCAAGUUACUGUUGCAGAACUGAAGGCUGAAAUUAAGAAAAAGGUGGAAGAACUAGAAUUACUAAGGUCUGAAAAAGAUCUGUUUCACUCACAGCUGAAGAUCCCUAUGGAAAAUGACCGAGACAAUUACCAGAAAAAAGUUGCAUGUCCUAAUACCCUUGAUGUUCAUGCCUUAUUUUCCUCUGAAGAAAAAGAGAAAGGGGAAGAUUUAAGUAAUAUGCUUUCCGCAUCUGCUGAUUUUUCAUUCCCACUGGAAGAAGAUAGUGUGACUAAUCUGCAGAUUAGCAGAAAUCCAAAUAUUCACAAUAAACAACUGCAAGACAUCCCUUUUAUUCAGAGGAAGCAAACAGAUCAUAAUGAAGUACAGCAAAAUCUGAAACUUCUUUUUAAAAAUAUGUGGCAAUCAAAUCAGGAUUCUCAAAACUCACAAAUCUCUCAAACAAUACCAAAUUGCUUUCAGAAUAUAAUCAUGAAUAAAACUUGGUGGGAUUCUCCUGAGAAUAUGAGAAAAGAGAACCAAAAUUUAGACUUUCAAGCGAGUAUUUCCCUAACACCCUUCUCAGAAGUUGAUAUUAUGCAUAGUAUAGCCUUUGAAAGCCUGUGCUCGGAGAACUCAAUCAUCCAGGAAGACACCCCUAGAGUUUUAGAAUGUCCAGUUUCUUAUUCUAAUAGCAGUGAGGAUGCAGCAGCCAAUCCCGACUUUUUGUCUUCUGUGUUCUCAGAACCCACCUCUUCUGUUAACAAGUGCAAUGGUCUACAAGAAAAUGUAUCAGUAAACAACACUGAAGUCUUCUCUCUGAUACCACCUAAGUUACAAGAUGGUCUGAAAGUGACAAUGUCCAGACUUCAAAGUGCAAGCACUGAAUAUGGAAGCAAUACUAGUUUAGAUUUGAUACUUCAGCUUAAUCAGGCAGAGCCAGAAAAUAAGGUAUGCCAAAACAGCAAUGUCAUGGCUCCUCUGCAGUGUUUUGGAAUGACUCCAGAUGUCACUGCACCAACAGUAAAAGAAACAGAAAUGAUGUCGCAACAGUUGAUGACUGUGCUGAAGAUGGUAUAUGAUGAGAGUUACAAAAUACUUGUUCUAUCAGAAAAAUCUUUACCUCUUGAUGAUGGUGAUAAGAUUCAACAAGGUCCAUCAGUGGAGGGUUGGCAAAGAGAGAGACUAAUCUUGGUUGAUAAAGUACAAUCACUGAAGAAUUAUCUCAAACAAUCUAAUAAAGAAAACAAGGAGGAGCAGCAACCAAAGAGAGUCAUGGAACAUCUUUCAUCCUCAGAUAGGGGCAGCUUGCUUUCUGAUAUGCAAGAUCUUGAAGUUCAGUUGAGACUUACACAACUUCAAAGUCAAGAGAAGUUACAGGAACUCCAAGAAACACUUAUAAAUACAGAGAAUCAUGGGAAAAAGCAAGAACAACAGCUUCAAAGACAGGUUGAACUUCUAGAAUACAAACUUCAGCAACAACAAUCCAUUGCAAAUGACUUGCAGGCUUCCCUAAAACAUGAACAAGAGAAAGCUUCCGAAAUGCACGAAUUGCUGAAACAGGAACACACUGCAAUAUUGAAUUUGAAAUCAGAUCUUUGUGAGAGCAAACAAACAAAUGAGAGAUUAGAAAAAUCUUUACAAAAUACCCAAAAUGAAGUAAUUAAAUACAGUUCUGCAUUGGAAAAUAAAGAGAGAAGUAUUACAGCAGCACUUGAGAAUUUACAGAGGGAACAUCUUAAAAACAUAGAAUUACAGAUUAAAUUGGAUGAACAGCAGAAACAGCAUAAAAUAAAAGAGGAUGAAAAAUCAAAAGCUAUAGAGGAGUUGCAAGCUGCCUUGGAGUUACAGUGUAUUCAGAACAAUCAAUUAACUGUGGCUUUAGAGCAUGAACAGUCAGCAAACAGUAAUCUCCGUAAAGAACUCCAAAUUGAACAUUCUCGCUAUGAGGCUUUAUUAUCCAAGGAUCAGAAUAAACUGUUGGAACUGCAGAAAAAUUUAGAUAUUGAAAAAAAACAAAAUGCAGACAUGUUAACUGCCUUGAACCAUGAACGUGUUUUGACAGAACAUCUGACUAUGAGAUUAAAUGAAUGUGGGUCUUGUAAACAUAAAGAUUCAUUGCAGGAAUUGCAAGCACAGUUGCAUUUAGAAAGGUCCAAUUCUAUGAAACUUUUGGCUAUAAUUGAGAAAUCACAGCAGCAGAUAUUUGAUUCAAAGAAACAGAUGGAAGAAAUGCAUCUGCAUUGUAAAGACUUUCAACAAGAACAAUCUCUCCAAAACACUGUUCAAAUUACAGGAUCAAUGAUGCAAAAUAAAAAACAAGAUGUUGUUCAUACUUUGGAGGUACAAAGAGAAAAAGAAGCACAAACAAAAAUGGGGUGGAAACAAUCAACGAGAGAUCAAGAGAUCAGGACAGUACAAGUAGAGGCACAGGAGCAACAAACUGAAUGUCACUGUCUAAGCGCACUUCUAGAAGCUCAAGAAAAUCAAAAUGAGUCCACGUUACAAUAUUUACAUAACUGUGUGAGAUUCAAGGAAUUGCAACAAAUGCUAGAAGAUCUGAAGAAUCAAGAAAUAUUAUUAAAAAAAUAUAACCAAUUUCCUUCAAAAAAUAAUUAUGCUAACUUAACUUUUACAACUGAUACUGUAAGAUUGCAUGUUGAACAACAGAUAUUGGAAAACAUCAGAGAACAGCUGGUUCUUGUUGCUGCAUAUCUUUCUGAGUUCAUAUAUAAAACUAUAGACAAAACAGUAAAUUGGUCUGCAUCAAAUGAUGAGAUAGUUGCAGCCUUACUUCAUAUACUUGAAAUCAAAGAAUUACUGGCUUCUUCCAAACCUGUGAUUAUCCCUACAAGUAUAAUUCACACUGUGCAAGCAUCAGAAGGGUAUAUUUACCAGGAUAAGCGUGGUUUACAGAAUGGUUUGAAAGGAACAAACUAUGCAGCAACCAAAACAAAUGUGCCAGAAAAUAAGCAAACUGUGAUGUCUUCCAGCCCAAAGAUACAAAAGUUAUAUCGUAAAUAUUUGAGAGCUGAGAGUUUUAGGAAGGCCCUGGUUUAUCAGAAAAAAUACCUUCUUCUGCUUUUGGGUGGAUUUCAAGAAUGUGAACAAGCAACAUUGUCCCUGAUAGCACGCAUGGGCAUUUAUCCUUCUCCUCCUGAUCUAAAUGUUUCUGUAACACGAAGCCGUUUUUUUACCAAGUUCAGAUCUGCAGUUCGUGUGGUCAUUGCAAUAUUAAGAUUAAAGUUUCUAGUGAGAAAAUGGCAUAAAGUAAAUAAGAAAGAAAUGCCACUGGAAGCCAUUUCUUCUAGCCUUGGACGCAAUUCAUAUCCUGUAGCUAGUUUAGAAGUACUAAAGCAGCAACAGCCCUUCCCAAGUUACGCUGCUCCAGACGGUCAAUACUGCAACAGAAAUAAUCUCAUGAGACUUGCAAGCUGCACAGUUAAAUCCUUACACCAUUUACAUAACAGGUCUACUAGUUUUAUUUCACAAACUUCAUCCAAAGAUCCUGAAGAUUCAUUAACUGAAUACAUUGCACACUUGGAGGCCGUUCAGGAAAGACUAGGAAUUCUUCUGCCAGGACAAGCUGCACAAGAAAAGAGUUAAAUGUAGUGAGAACCAGCCUUGAAUAUGAACCAGAGUUCUUUCGUCACUGCUUUACUCACCAGUGAACAGCUUACUAGUGUUAUACCCUGCGGAUCUUUCAACAUGGAUGUGCAUUUGAAUAAAGAGAUCUCUGUGUGAUAAA